CAUUCCAAGUGCGAUCGUCAAGCAAUCAAGAUGGGUACGAGACGAAGUCGUUGGACUUUUUUAAUGGUCUUGGCGAUUGGAUUUUUCCUGGAUCAUUCACACGCUGAGAUUUUGAAGCAUGAUCCGAUGGAAAGAUGGUUCUCAAGCGAAUUGCGAAGCUCUAGUUUGGAUUCGGAGGAGGGCUUGAAGAAGUGUAGUUCUUCUGGUUGCGCGAACAUCCGAGAAGAUAUUGCUACCAGAUUGGUGAAAAGAGCAGCUGAUGGUGAAGAUACUGCGGAAGCCGCUGCAGCGCCAGAUGGCACCACUACAGCUGCUCCCACUGGGGAGGAAGGCACCACAACUGCAGCCAGUGUGGAAUCUGGCGCUGUUCCUCUACCACCAGUCACGCAAGAGUUUCCCAAAAUGCCUCCGGAUUUCCCAUACCCAGCAGUAGAACCGGUCCAGGGACCCCCUGUUCCGACCAAGUCCCGAAAAAAACCUGGCCUUGGUUCUGUAGGACAGUAUCCUGGUGUUACGGUCACAACCGCACCCGGAACAGAGUCAACCCAACCAACCAUGUCGCCCAAAAAAGCGGUAUCGAGCGGUGGAGAUCAGUUGAACAUAACGCAUGUAGAACUGCCAAAACCCAAAGGUACCGACGAAGAUUAUAAUCUAGAGGAUUAUCAAGUAGACGGUCCUGCAUCUAAGAAUCCCGGAACCGGACCAGAGAGUAAAUUACCAGUGUUCCCGGUUGCGCCAGGAAUUGGAGAAGGAGGUUCUCUGCCGAAGCCCGGAGCGGAUUUUCCACCCGAACCCAAGCCCAAGCACGAAGCCGUGCCCGAACCAAAGCCCGACCCAAAACCCGAACCGAAACCCGAACCGAAACCCGAACCUAAGGUUGAACCCGUCCCGGCUCCAGCUCCGGCUCCGAAACCCGGAUGCCAGAUGCGCCCUCAGGACUGGCGUUACAAGGUAACACUACGUCCCAAAUGUGGUUUGAAAAAAUGCAGCGCAGCCGGAAGAGCGGCUGCUGAGGCUGAAAGAGCUGCUGCUGAAGCUGCAGCUGCCGAGCAAAAUGCUGGCGGAGCCGAAAGAACUGAUGGAACCGGCAAGGUCCUUCUUGAUCCCUGGGCUGAAGCUGCCCGCAAUGCGAAUCAAACGGUGAAAGAAGAUGAUGCGGCUGCUGCUGGCGUCUCCGAACGCAACAUCUAUUCGACCGGAGUGAUUUUGUUUGCCUCCGUUGUUUAUUAUAUUAUGUAA